CUACUACAACUACUCAAUCGAGCAUAUGAGUUAAAUCUCCGCGAGAUUCAAGUGGCAGGAGACUCAUCAGUGGUGGUCCGCUACCUUCGCGACAGACGCCUACCCAAGACGGAGAACCUGAAGCGUUUGUAUCUCAAGUGCAGACGGCUAGCAGAUCGGAUACGGGUUGAUGCAUGGCAUCACAUUCACCCAAACGCCAAC